UUCUCGUCUCCAUCACUUUGUCUCUGCAUCUGCAUCGUCAAGACACAAAGGGUUAAUUAAAAUUGCCAAGAUGCCUGACAAGCCACCUGAGAGGAAAUCUAAAAUCUCAGCUUCUCGUAAGCUCAUGCUGAAGAGCUUGAUGGUUGCAAGGGCCAAAGAGGAGCUGGAGCAGGAGAUGGUAGAAAAAGAAGAGCAAAAAGCAAAGUACCUGGAAGAGAAAGUUCCUUCCAUUCAGAUGUCUGGCAUGUCAAUAACAGAGCUGAAGGCACUGUGUGAAGAGCUGCAUGCCAAGUUAGACGUAGUGGACGAGGAGCGAUAUGACAUCGAAGCCAAGGUCCUACACAACACCAGAGAGAUCAAAGACCUGAACAUCAAGGUGCUGGACCUGCGAGGGAAGUUCAAGAAGCCCAAUCUGAGAAGAGUCAGGGUCUCUGCUGACGCCAUCCUGCGCUCCCUGCUCGGAUCCAAACACAAGGUGUCCAUGGACCUCCGAGCUAACCUCAAAUCUGUCAAGAAGGAGGACACGGAAAAGGAAAAGACGGUGGAGGUGAGCGAUUGGAGGAAGAAUGUCGAAGCCAUGUCAGGCAUGGAAGGCCGUAAAAAGAUGUUCGAUGCGGCAAAAGGCCAAAACCAGUAAAAACAACGUCUAUUAAAAAUAAAAUGACAGCGUUUUUUUUUUUAUUAUCAAACAUCAUAACUUUUACUCCACU